AUGCUGCUGCAGCAGCAGCAGCAGCAGCAGCAGCGGGAGCAGCAGCAGCAGCGGGAGCAGCAGCAGCGGCAGCAGACGCCGCGAAAAGUGGACGCAGAGCCCCAGAAACAGAGGCAGCAGGGACUGCAGCUGAUGCAGGCGCAGCAGCAGCAGCAGCAGCAGCAGCAGCAGCAAGACUUUCCUGCUGCUGCAAUUUGCGGUGUGGUGGGAGGCGGAUAUGGGUGGCGCGUUGAAGACACCGUUAAGCGGCACCGAAUUCUCUUUGAGUAA